CCGCUCCAGCCAACGUCUUAUCAUUUUCCAUUUCACUCAUAAUAGGUCCUGGCACGUUGCUUUGCCUUUCUUUGCAUAGCUUGACCAAGUUUUCAGCAACCUGCCUUUGCGUUUGUGCCUACACAGUAUCGGCAACGACGAAACACAGCGAACAAAGGCAUCUUGCACUGCUUGCUUCGAGUCAGUGCGUCUUGCACUCCCGCAACGAAACACAUCGCAUCGCCAACUGCUUGUCAUUUAACCCCGCAUUGAGCAUCAGCAAACAUGGAGGAACCCCAGGAGCCGAAAGAGCAUGCCAUCGCCACAGCUCCGUAUAGCCACAGGCCCCCCAGUCCUCCUUACAUACCCAUUCCCAUGACAUUUGCUAAGGGCAACGCUACUUGCACCUUUACCCCGUCAUUCAACAAUGUCGAUGCCAUGCGCCUCACAAGCGAUGAUCUCAGAAUCAUAACUCGGAACAAGACACAGACUGCCACAGACAGAUCAGUUGGCUGGAACUACGAGGCUCGACGUAAGGCACAGACGCUCCUCGACUUCCUCUACCUCGGCCCGUUAUCCGUUGCUCGCGAUGAAGCUUGGCUUGCCAAGGAGGGCAUCACCAUGGUCAUUGUUACACGACAUGCCAGGGUGGCUCAAGCUCGACUGAUGAGUGUCGACAAGGUAGCCCAAAAGCUCGGCAUCCAGGUCGAAUAUUUGGACGUCUUGGACAAUUCUGAGUUGAUUCGAGGCUUCCCGGAGGUGGUGAGAAAGAUCAACGGGCAUUUGAUCGACGUCUAUCGCAGUCAAGCUGUGGCUGCACAGGCAGGUCGGAUGGCAGUCGAUGACGAAAGCUUCAGGAGUGGCAAGAUUCUCCUUGUUUGCGAAACUGGCAACGAUCGAUCAGCUUUCGUCGCUGCAGCUUACAUCAUGACCAUGUACGGGAAGGACAUGAUCUCUUCCGUGCAAUUUAUCUCCAUGCAACGAUUCUCCGCCAACUUCGACGAGGAUGGAAAGAGGAUGCUACAAGCGUACGAAGAUAUUCUCAAUGCCCAGAGAAAUGUGUCUAGUGCGACCAGAGAUGUUCCCCGAGCCGGUCAAUCGCACGGAUACAGCGGUGGGGGCGGCAAGCGCGGCAUCGAAACGACCCUUGACGAAGAGGACAGGCAGGGCGGAGGAUAUGAGACGUUCGCCGCGGAUCGCGAGCGGUACCAGGACAGGGGCAAGUUUGUUCCGUUUCGGGAUCGCGAUACAAUCGCGUAGUGACGAGAUUCGUUGAGCCCAGAACAGGAAUUUCAGCUGAUCUCUGGGCACUGGGACGGAAGAGUUCGUAGCGGAGGCAUUGCAUCAGUGGUUUUGGCGUCAGUAGGAAGACCGCCUCUAGUUGUCAUUAUGAGCAGACUCAUCAAGGGGAAUUAGAACUUUGCUUUAGGAACAUGGAUAGGCGUCAAGGUUGUCAAUCAGUAUACCCGUUUCAGUCGGCAACGACUCUCUUCUAGGGCAGUUUAGACCUGCUUUCACCACUAUCAGAACCCACUAUUUACACAGUUUCAAA